CAGCCCCUUGCUGCCGGCGGGCUUUGCACGGCUCGUGGUGGGUCAAGCUCCUGGCCAGCCCCGCCGGGCUUUCCCCAGGCUCUGGUCCUGUGCCAGCCCACUCUGCUCUGGCAGCCAGUCCCCCUCCCUCCCAGCGGGCUCUCCUGGGGGUGACACACACUCCUCUGCCCGUCGGCCCUCACUGCCUUUGGCACGGGAGAUGCCACUCGGCGGCAUGGUGGGGUGUUGGUGGCGGCCAUUUGUGGAGGGGAACGAGAGCCGAGCUGCCAUGGGAAGCUGCGGCCCGCGGGCACGGCAGGAGCUGCUGGUGCUGCUGAGCAGCGUGUGGCUGUGGGUGGGCAGUGCCCAGCCCACCCCCCCGGCCCCCACGCACGGCCCCGGCUCCCAGCUGAAGUUCCGCCUGGCUGGUUACCCUCGCAAGCACAACGAGGGCCGCGUCGAGGUCUUCUACAACGACGAGUGGGGCACCAUCUGCGACGACGACUUCACGCUGGCCAACGCGCACGUGCUGUGCCGGCACCUCGGCUUUGUGGCUGCCACUGGCUGGGCCCACAGCGCCAAGUACGGCAAAGGCGUCGGGCGGAUCUGGCUGGACAACGUGAAUUGUGCCGGCGCUGAGAAGAGCAUCGGGGACUGCAAACACCGGGGCUGGGGGAACAGCGACUGCAGCCAUGAGGAAGAUGCAGGUGUCAUCUGCAAGGAUGAGCGCAUUCCAGGCUUCAAGGACUCCAACAUCAUCGAGAGCGAGCAGAGCCACGUGGAGGAGGUCCGCCUGCGGCCGGUGGUGGCCGGGGGCCGGCGGCAGCUGCCGGUGACUGAGGGCAUUGUGGAGGUGCGCUACAGGGAUGGCUGGGCACAGAUCUGCGAUGAGGGCUGGAACAGCCAGAACAGCCGUGUCGUCUGUGGCAUGAUGGGCUUCCCUGCUGAGAAGAAGGUCAACAGGAACUUCUACAAGCGGUUGAGGCGUGCGGCCAGGAUGAAGGGCCGGAGCCUGUGGCCGGGCAGCAGGCUGGCCUCCAAAUCUCAGCCUAAACAAAAGCGCAGGGAGGACGUAGGGUCCAGGAGGAGGCUCUUCACGGAGCGGCAGCAGCUCAACUACCGCCUGCACUCGGUGUCGUGCGCGGGGACGGAGGUUCACCUCUCUAUGUGUGCCUUCGAGUUCUACCGGGGCAACGCCUCGGCCGCCUGCGGUGCUGGCAUGCCCGCCGUCGUCAGCUGUGUGCCCGGGCCCCUCUUCGCCACUGGCAGUGCCCACAAGAAGAAGCAGCGCCAACAGCAGCAGGGCCAGCGAGACGCUGCCAUGGCCACCGAGUCCAGCAUCGACUCUCCCUUCACCGCACCGAGGCGGGCGCAGAGCUUCGGGCGCACGCAGCGCUCCCUGCAGCAGCGAUCUGAGCAGACGGGCACCUGCCGCCUCGUGGCAUGGCCAUGGACGGGGACAGCGGGUACAGCACGGUGA